AUGUCUACAUCGACCACAACAGCAAGACAGAAUCAUAUUGGUGUAUCAUCACAAAUACCAACGAUUAGAAAUCGAACAAAUACUGUUCGACUGUCGGAAGGUGGUGUACCAGUAAAAUUUGCUGAUAAUACAUUCAGUGUGCUUGUUAAAAAUCAAAUUAUUCGAUUAUUAGACGUACGAACAAAAACGUUAACGUACAAUGAUGAAAAUGGUGUAAGAACGUUAACAUACGAGAUAACAGAAAUAAUAAAAACUUUAGUAUGUCAACAUAUAAAAGAUAAUUUUAAAGCAAUUAUUCAAGUAAUAUCCUAUCCAAAACAAGAACAAAAUAAUAUACUUAUCAUGAGUCGAUGUCUAUGGAAUCAUAAAACGGAUGAUGUUUUAACAAUUGAAUUAGAAACAGAUUUAUUUAGAUUUGUUAUUGUUAUACACGGUGUUGCAGCAUAA